AUGGUCGCGCUGCAGAAGUUGUUGGCCUUCGUGUUCUCACUUGAGGGCGCCAGAAGUCUGGCAACCUCAGCUCAGUUUGCCCGCUCCUCCGCCGGCACCCUCACCCUACACAUGGACAUCGUGGCUACCCAGGACGCCCGUAGUCACUUUCAUUACGCCACUCUCGCCGACUCCUUGGCCCACGUCGCCAAGCAGAAGUUCAACAACGUACUCGCUGAGGUCUCCCUCUCCGUGCAGUACGUCAACGUCGCUCACGUGUUCGCUGACAACGACUACGAGAAGGAAUUCGGCCGACUUGGCAUGAGAGCAUCAAGACGCCGCUACAUUCUGACGCAAGCUGUCCGUGGUAUGUUUGCGGAAACCCGUGAGGGCGGCAGAGCUGGCCUGCCAGAGGACAAGCAGCUUUCCAAGCAGCACUUCGCUGAGAUGAGCAAGCAUCUGAACACCGCCUUGAGCUUAUCAUACCUCAGCGAGGUGUUCGGUCCCGGCAUGCACGCUCUCAUGCUUGGUGCAGACUGGGAGAGCAUGUGA